CUGAAUGAAAAUAAUACAUUUAUCUGCUUUAAUCCAAAUAAAUCCUUUUUCUGGUUUGAUAACAACGCUCUCUGGGCGGGGAGUAAUGUACAUUGCUGAGCUACUCUGACAGAAGUACGAAGUCAGGACAAGAAAGCUCUUCUUUGACUUCCAUUGUCACCUGAGUGCCCCGCAUCCUCAGCCAUGGCUUGCAAGAAAACUAUCACCGUCUUUGGAGCCACAGGAGCACAGGGUGGUUCAGUGGUCAAGGCUCUUCUACAGGACAAAUCGUUUGCCGUCAGGGCGGUGACUCGUGAUGUCACUAAACCGGCAGCGCAAAAGCUGAAGGAAGCUGGUGCGGAGGUCGUAUCUGCAGAUUUGGACAAUGAGACAAGUGUGAAGGCAGCCCUCAAAGGAACUUAUGGAGCUUUCGUGGUCACCAACUUUUGGGAACAUAUGGAUAAGGAUAAGGAGGUCAAACAGGGAAAACAGAUCGCAGAUCUCUGCAAACAGCUGGAACUAAAGCAUGUGAUCUACAGUGGCCUGGAGAAUGUCCAGAAACUUACCGGAGGCAAGCUGGAGGUUCCUCACUUUGAUAGUAAAGGGCUAGUGGAGGAAUAUUUUAGACAAAUUAAAGUACCCAUGACCAGCGUAAGGCUUGCCUUCUACUUUGAGAACUUCUUGACGCUCUGCAGGCCACAGAAAUGCCAAGAUGGAAAGACGUAUCAGCUGGUCAUUCCUAUGGGAGACAUUCCAAUGGAUGGGAUUUCAGUCACGGACCUCGGUCCGAUUGUCUGCAGCGUCCUGAAGAAUCCCUCUGAAUACGCGGGGAAGGAUAUUGGACUGAGUGCAGACAAGCUAACCAUCCGACAAUACGCAGAGAUCAUGUCCGAGGUGACCGGCAAGACCAUCGUAGACUCCAAGAUUACCCCCGAGGCAUACAUAAAACUGGACUUGCCGGUAGUGCAGGAGAUGAACAGUAUGUUCUUAUUCUAUCACAUGAGACCGGACCGCAACGUGGCGCUGACCCGCAAACUCAACCCCAAUGUUAAAACCUUCAAGCAGUUUAUGGAAGCAAAUAAGGAAGCUUUUAAGGACUUGUAAUGCUUUGCCUUGUCUAUUGUACAUGAGCCUGCAAAAUUACCGGCUCUGCAUGGAUCAAGAUGAUUGUCUUCCAAAUAAAUCACCCAAAAUGUGUCGUUUAUUUACUCUA